UAGCGGUUGCUGGUUGAGAUCCGAGAGGGCGCAAGAGUUGGGGAAGGAAACAACCGUGGGUGAAAAACUUGGGGAAAAUGGGAAAACCGACAAAGGCUCAUACUUUACACGUGGAUUAUUCACCGCUGCGACAGAACAGGACAGCCGGGAAGUGAGCACUGUGUCGGCCCGCGGGUCGUGGGGCUGACAGGGAUGUGGACGGAGGAUAAACCGCAGGAUUCCUCCUCUCCCUUCCAUUGAAAGUUGCGUUUUGCUCAUGGAGAAAGGAGCAAGUCGAGAGUCAUGAGCACAGGUGUGAAGAAACCUCCUUUAGCUCCCAAACCAAAACUCCCUGCUACCACCAAACCCUCUCCCCCUCCCAUCGCCCCCAAGCCAGGCCUGCUCUCCCUGGCCCCCGCCGUCCACAGCCCCGCACCCUCCCCUGGUACUCUGCAGAGGGCCAAACCCGCCCUCGCCCCCAAACCAUGUGUACUAGUACCCCAGGCCAAACCAGCGUCCGCCCACACCCAGUCCCAGGAACACUCAGACGGGAGCCUCGACCUCCUCAACACCCGGAAUGGGACCCCAUCCUCGCCGCGGGACAGCCUCUCCGAGUCCGACUACAUCCUCCCGCCCUGCCGCCCGGGGGGGCUGGAGUCGGAGCCCGCGUUCCCGCCUCUGCUCAACGGGAACCACGGGAACGUCGGGAAUGACGGGAACGUCGGGAAUGACGGGAACGUCGGGAAUGACGGGAGCGCUGCGCGCGACGAGGAGAGGCUACACAACGGGAACGCCACUGAAGGACACGUCGGCCCGGUGACGACGGGGGAGGGGGGCGGUGAGGUGGGGGGCGGGGAGGAGGAGGAGGAGGGGCGGCGGCCGCAGGAGGAGGAGGAAGAGGAGAAGGGCGAGGUGGAGGAGGGCCGUCGAUUGACGGACAGCUUGCAACCCAAGCCCCGGGAUAAGCCCCAAAGGCAGAAGCACCUGGCCAGGGGCCGGACCGGCAGAGGGGGUCAGGGGUCACCGGGGGCCCCCCCACAGCAGCUGCAGGGGACGGAGUCGGAGACGGAGCCGGAGGGACGUCUGGAGAGGGCGCAGGAGGACGCGGCUCCCCACCAGGAGGCCGGCCAUGAAGACACAGCACUGUGUGUCAGCACUGUCGCCGUGGCAACCGCCCAAACCCUCGCCGCUCCUCCUCCUCCGUCUCCGCCCCCGGUGCCGAGUCCGACAGAGCCCCCCGAACACGCCCACGACGAGCCCGACGGCCGCCACGCACACGCCAACGGCCGCGCCUCGCCCCCCCCCGGCCCGGCGGCCACGCCCCUUUCCCCGGUACCGGCCCCGCCCAGCAAGCCCCUCCCCGUGCCCCACCCCCGCAGGGCGAAGAAGCCGGUCCUGGUGCGGCAGGACGGGCUGGAGGGGGGGGCCGAGGGACCCCCGCCGGGCCCCGAGGUGGGGGGGGGUCCGGGUCCCCCGGAGGCUGACGAGGGGCCCGCUGACGGCGAGCCGCCCCCGGCGCCCGAGCGUGACCCGACCCCCGCCGGCGAGGAGCCCGGCGCCCCCGUCCCCCCCCCCACGCCAGACCUCCCUGUCCCACCGCCACAAGUCCUCCUCCCUGCACAGACACGCCCCCCGCUCCGUCGACCCGCCGCCCGGGCCCGGGCCCCGCCCGCCCGCCGCCGGCAAGCGGGGGGGCGGGGCGGCGAGGGGGCCGGGGGGCCGGACGAGGAGGAGGACGGCGGCUACGGGGACUUCGAGCGCUACCCCGCGGCCCACAGCCUCCCCAAACGCACCCGGCUGGGCUGCCAGCGGAAGGCCCUGUCGGCCGAGGGCCAGGACUCCCCCCGCGCCCCCCCCAGGAAGCCCCAGAGACACAGCCUGCCGGCCCCGCCCCCGCCCCCCGUUUCCCCCGGCGCGGCCCCGCCCCCCGCGCCCCCCCACGCCGGCGCCCCCACCCGGGACCUCCCGGCGCCGCCGCUCGCCCAGGAGAGGGCGGCGUGGCGGUUCCCCCGGCCCAGCGUCUCCUUCUUCAGCCGGCAGGCCCCCGGCCGCAGCAGCGUGCCGCCGCCGCAGGGCCGUGCCCUGCCCCCGCCGGCGGCCGCGUCCGCCACGCUGGGCGGGAAGCAGCGGGCGCAGUCCUUCUCGGCGGCCGACCUGUCGUCGUCGUCGCCGUCGCGCGAGCCCGCCAACCCGCGCCGCAGCAUCUCCUUCCGGAAGCUCCUGGAGCUCCGGAUCUCCGUCAAGAGGCUGCCCAAGAGGCUGUCCCGGGCGGGGGGGGCGUCGCCGGAGGGCUCCGCCCCCAACGCCGGCGAGGUCAACGGCGGGCGGGAGAAGGGCGGCGGCGGCGGCGGCGGCGGCAGCGACGCGGAGGCCAGUAGCAGCGGCGACGGCUCGGUGGAGUACGAGAACGUCCCGCUGUACGAGGAGAUCCCCGAGUACAUGAACCUGCCGUUCCACGGAGCACGGCUGGGGCCCCCCCAAGACAGGGACUCUGAGAUCUACGAGGUGCAGGACCCCUACCUCACCGCCCUGGGACACCGCUACGACAGCGGCUGGUUGGGACAGGAUGAUGUCCACUCCGAAGAAGACGAGGUGCACAGCUCGGAUGAAGAUGACGACAGCUCCUCUUCGAGUAAAGAGCAUCACGAAGUGGUAGACAGACAGCAGGAGGACGAGAUGAAGAGGAAGAAGGUGGUGCACAUUGCGCAGGAGAUCAUGAGCUCUGAGAAAGUGUUUGUGGACGUCUUGAAGCUCCUUCACAUCGACUUCCGUGACGCCGUUGCCAAGGCGACGCGUCAGAACGGGAAGCCGGUGGUGGAGGAGAGGGUUCUGAGUCAGAUCCUGUACUACCUACCCCAGCUAUACCAGCUCAACAGAGACCUGCUGCGGGAGCUCGAGGACAGGGUCGCCCACUGGGCGGAUCACCAGCGGCUGGCAGACAUCUUCGUCCAGAAGGGGCCCUACCUGAAGAUGUACUCCACCUACAUCCGCCAGUUCGACAACAACGUGGCCCUGCUUGACGAGCAGUGCCGGAAGAACCCGGCCUUCGUCGCCGUGGUCCGAGAGUUUGAGACGAGUCCACGCUGUGCCAGCCUGGCUCUGAAACACUACCUGUUGAAACCGGUGCAGAGAAUACCCCAGUACCAGCUGCUGCUCACAGAUUAUCUGAAGAACCUACCAGAGGAUUCUGAGGAUUAUAAAGACACGCAAGCUGCCCUGAGCAUCGUGAAGGAGGUGGCCAACCACGCCAACGACAUCAUGAAGCAAGGGGAUAACUUCCAGAAGCUGAUGCAGAUUCAGUACAGUCUGAACGGACACCACGAGAUUGUGCAACCAGGCAGGGUGUUCCUGAAGGAGGGAACCCUGAUGAAGCUGUCCCGCAAGGAGAUGCAGCCUCGCGUGUUCUUCUUGUUCAACGACGCGCUCAUGUACACCACGCCAGUCCAGUCGGCCCAGUACAAACUGAACAGCGUGCUCUCUCUGGCUGGGAUGAAGGUGAGCAAGCCGAGCCAGGAGGCCUACCAGAAUGAGCUGAACAUUGAAAGCGUGGAGCGCUCGUUCAUCCUGUCUGCCAGCUCGGCCACGGAGAGAGAGCAGUGGCUGGAGGCCAUCGCCAAGGCGAUAGACGACUACACCAAGAAGAAGAUCACGUUCAUCUCCAGUCGCAGCCAGGACGAGCCCGACGUGGUUCCAGACAUCGGGGCUCCGCUGGGUUCCAAAGCCCCCAUCUGGAUCCCAGACCUGCGCGCCACCAUGUGCAUGAUGUGCACCUGUGAGUUCACCCUCACCUGGAGGAGGCACCACUGCCGGGCCUGUGGCAAGGUGGUGUGUCAGGCCUGUUCCACCAACAAGUUCUACCUGGAGUACCUGAAGAACCAGCCGGCUCGCGUCUGCGACCACUGCUUCACCAAGCUGCAGGAGAACAGUGACCGCUGUGCCUCGACUUCGGUCUCUCCGAUCGGAAAAUCUGCAGCGUUUUCGUUUUCCAGGAAACACAAGAAAAUUCCGGCUGCACUUAAAGAGGUUUCAGCCAACACAGAGAACACCUCCAUGAGUGGCUACCUCAACCGGUCAAAGGGCAGCAAGAGGCAGUGGAAGAGACUGUGGUUCGUCAUCAAGGACAAAGUGCUGUACACCUACGCUGCCAGCGAGGACGUGGCGGCCCUGGAGAGCCAGCCCCUGCUUGGGUUCUUCCUGAGGGAGGAGAAGUACGGCCCUGCCCAACGGCAGCAGUUCAAACUGUACCAUAAAAACACCCUGUUCUACAUCUUCAAGGCCGACGACAUCCCCAGCGCACAGAGAUGGAUCGAAGCCUUCCAAGAGGCCAUGAUCCUGGAGGAGUGAUCGUCCGCUGGCAGGCUGCACAUCCCUGGAGCCGGUCGAUGGUGACCAGCCGAUCCGGAUCUCCAUCAGCCUCUUGACCCAGACCCCGCCUGCCGUCCAGAACACACCCCUUCGGACCCCUUCGGACCCGCUGACCGCCAGCCACGGACCUCCACAGCCUUCCGCUCUUUGUUAUUUUCUAAUCUCAUUCGUACCUGUCACUGCUUCAGAGGGCCGGGGUGGUCGGUGGAGCUCCGGUCGUGUUGUACGUGUUCGUUUUGCUCUCAUUCCGAGGCGGUAUAGUUUCCAUUUCAGCUCGAGGACGAAAACAUUUGAUGAGACCCGGUGGUGGGUGACGAAGGUCAUGUCCAGAUGCACGUGUGAGGAAGUGUUUAGCAAAGCAAGACUAUUGAAAACCAGAGGAAGUCUUUGACCGGCAAAUAUGAAGGAUUUAACAGCUGAAGGUAUGGCGCUCUUUACAAACCACGUUAUCGGCCUACAUUUAAACACAUUAUCACAUGCUCCCUGCUUUGCCCGUGUGCAAAUGUUCAAUAGUCGCUUUUGUCCAUGAAAUAGUUCUAACUCAAUUGGAGAGCUAUGCUCAGGCUUGGAGGGAUUCAGGAAUGUGGAGGAUUGCCAUGCGUAGAUGAUGUGCUAAGGUAGGCUUUUACUGUGAACUACGGGCUUUUACAAAGAAGAGCAGGAAGCAGAUGUUCUACCCAAGAGUUGAUCUCUCUGGUUAAGAGAUUUUUUUCGUGUCUUUUAAGUUUUUAAUUUUAGAAUACAAUGCAAUGACUUGUGGGGAAAACAAGAUACUGGUGAAAACUGGAAAUAAAAUAAAAAAUUAUGUAGAUAUUUGUAACUGAAGUCAGAUGGCAUUUUGAUUGGCUGUUCAGCCCCAUCUGAAGUAAUAUUUUGUAUAUUGAUGCAGAAAAGCAACAUGGGUCUUUUCUCCGUCUAAGCCGAGAGCAAAUAUUUAUAUGUAUUUUUUAUUUUUUUUAUCGCCAUGAUUUUGAAGCACAGGUUGCCACUUUUGUUUGUUCAUGAGAGAAGAGGAAGGUUAGGAUAUCUUUAGAAUUUAACCUUAUUUUAAAGUUUUUUAAUAACUUUUGAAACACUCAAUUCAAUCAAGUGUUUACUUUGGUGUGUUAGUUGGUUCAUUGUUGAAAGGACAGAUACACCUGCACCAUGUUUAUCACUGCCAGUGUUAUUUUCCUGUUCUUAACAUUGCUGCCAAUACAAUGAAUUACUCUUACCCCAAACGAUUAACAAUUUAGGGUCUUUCACUAACCUUUGAGUUAAACGACAGGUCAUCAUGAUGCAGUCCUGUCUAUCCAACAUGAGGUGUUUCUUGUAUAGUUCUAAUCAGGUUGGACAAGUGUCAUUAUUGGUACAUACCAAGUGAAACUUACGCAUGAUCAUGGUUUGUGACGAAAUGUCUCAAAACAAGAAGGGGGAAAAAAAGUUUAACUCUAGUAACACCGAAUGUGCCUUAUUGUUAAGCUCAGCAUUUUUGGGAAAGUGUGUGAAAUGUUUCACAUGAAUUGCGACAAACUAGACUAUUAAUCAGAUGCAGUUGCACAAGUCGUCCAAUCAACAUUUCUUCAGGGUAAUUUCUUCUGUCGUUUUUAUUAAUCAGGGUUGCAAUAGAUCACAAUGUUCACACAUUUUGAACAAACACUAUUCUGCUGUCAUGUUGUGAACAUUGUGUCUGUUUAUUAAGGUAUAACAGUGCUAGGAUAACAAAGAUGAAUGACGGAUACCAGUGAGUGUAUUAGGUUAUUGAAUCAGAUAUAAAGGGUUAGUUCAGAACUGUCAGGCAACAGUUUUUAAUAAAAUAAAAAAUCUAAAUACUG